AUGGCUCCCUGGUCCAGUCGUCGUGGGUCCCAACCCAGCAACCACUCCUCCAGUGACCUCAUCAGUCGCAUUCACCACUCCGCCCUGAAUACAUCCGCGACGCUGUCCCCAUCCCUCGGCAGCCGCUUCGACAUCUCCAAUGCCCACGCCGAUUCCAGCGAUUCCGACGCCGACUUCCACGCCGAACACUCGCGCCUCAAGGCCCGCCGUCCGCAACACUCGCGCUCUAUGAGCCAGCCCUUUCCCUCGCUCUUCAGCGGCAAGAAGAAGAAGAGGCAGAGCUCCGUCGGCGGGCUGCCGCCCGACCUGGGCUUCGUCGACGAUGACGCCGUUCUGCCGCCGCCGCCGCGACCGACCACCAAGACGCACACCCGUGGAGGCCCCGCUGGGAGCAAGGACUUCGCGACUGGGAACUGCAUGACGUGCGGGUCGCUCGUGCGGUGGCCGAGGGACCUCAAGGUCUUCAAGUGCACCAUUUGUAUGACCGUCAAUGACUUGGAACGGCAGACCGCCGAUAGUCAAGGGAGUGGAGGGUCGAGAUGGCGCCGUGAUGCGUCCCAGGGUCCGUCGAACGGCGCCCAACCAGCUCCAUCACGAGUUCAAUACAUUUCGGUCGAACAUACGAGAAGACUGGUCCAUCAAUGCAUCCAUUCACACUUGACCAGGAAACUUGGCUCCACGCCGGCACGUGCCCCCGAGAACCCGACCGCUCCACGAAACAUGCUCUCUUUUGGCAGCCGAAUACAAGCCAAUGACCAUGGGCUCAGACCUUCAGAUGCAGGCCAAAACGGUGUCACGUACGGCACAUCGCCUUCCAUACAUAUAUCUCAGCACUUAUUCGACGAAGAGCCAACCCUGCGAGCCAACCCUUUGCGCAUGAAUUCGGAGCCUGUGAGACGACCGCACUCGACGUCAUACCCGGAAAGACCUUUGGUACAAUAUGGAUCAUUCGAUGACAAGCCGAGAGCACACCAGAGAUCACUCUCGAGGAGUCCCGACGACGGCCCUAAGAGGAUCUUCAAGCCACUGGAGGAUUACAUAAUUGCCUGUUUCGGUACAUUCGAGUGUGUUAAUUCGUCCUUUAUGGCUCAUCAUCUUCGACACACUUCGAGGGUAGGAAGCGAACCGGUUCGAAGGAAACCGGUUCCAUCUGUUCCACCGGUUCCACAGCGUGAACCACCUCGAGUCCCCCAAGAUGUACAUGAAUCUCGAGAGCCGCGCGACCAGCGAGAACAACCCAAUCCAGAUGCUGUAGCGUGGGAUCUUGACCCCAAGCUACUGCUUCUGGGUGAUUUUGCCGAGAAUGGUACUUGGUGGACUGGCGGGCAGGAAGAAGUCGCGCCUCCUAUAAAGACACCACCAAUUCGCAGCGAAACUGGUCCUGUUAAGCCAUCUGUCAGCACCAGGUCUCCUCAGAUUAACUGGAGUGACGUAAUCAGCUGGUAUUCCGUGGUCACCAAUGUUGCAGAAGGGUGGUUUAAUGUUUACGAGGAGCUGUCUCGAGGAGAGGACUUCAAAGGCUCAACCGACCAAGAACUGCAGAUGGUUGAGCGCGACUUGUUGCACGCGCAGGACCAUUGCCGAAGGGUUUUACUCAAGGCAACGGAACUGCUCCUUAAGCGACCAGGACGACCCUUGAAAGACGCAGCGGAUUUGCGCUUCCUCCUUAUUAUUCUGGAAAACCCCCUCCUACAUCGAGAUCAUCAACACUUCCGCGGAGUACUUCAACUUGACACCGAGUCCUCUGCCGCAGAGAAGGAAGCCUCCCAGUCAAAGAAAUCCACUAAGCCGGAAUCCGGCCCCUUAUCUGGCCAACACUCAGGAAUCAUCAAGCGCAUCCUCGGCUUGAUGUCGAACUCGUCAAUCGAGUGCCACAACCAACUGAUUACCUGGUUUGCAAAGUAUCAAUUGGCACGCUUUGCGAAGACCAAAGAGUUGGCAUCGGAUUUUCUCACAUACCGUCUGUUGCGUCAAAGUGAGAAGAAACCAGAAGUUGUCAAGGUGGACAUAACUGCUGGUCUUGUCCCACAGAUGCAAGAGGGUCGGUCAGGGGCAUACCUAUAUGACGAAAUUGGCCCAACAAGCUCGUCAAAGAAGCCCAAGGAAUCUGUCAAGAAGAUUGCGUAUAGUGAAGACUGGCAGAUCAAGGCGUCGUCUCGGCUCCUGGCAUUGCUGUUCGCGGCAAACAAUCUGCCUCAUGUGCGACGUGGAGACGAGGGGUCGUCGAGCGCCAAUGAUAAUCUUGGUGCCGUUCGAGAUGGGGUUUAUGCCCAGGGGCAGAUGCUUCCAACGAGCGAUUUCUACAACUCGAUGAUCGACUACGCUGACCUCGUGGCUGACUUUGAGAACUGGGAGGCAAGGAGGGGCAAGUUCUCCUUCUGCCAAUACCCCUUCCUUUUGAGCAUCUGGGCCAAGAACCGUAUCCUGGAGUAUGAUGCUCGUCGUCAGAUGCAGAGCAAAGCACGUGAUGCUUUCUUUGACAGUAUCAUGAGUCGUAGAAGUGUCAACCAGUUUCUGGUGCUCGACGUGCGACGAGAUUGCUUGGUUGAUGACAGUCUCCAGGCUGUGAGUGAAGUUAUAGGCAGCGGUAGUGAGGACAUCAAGAAAGGACUUCGUAUCGUCUUCAAGGGCGAAGAGGGUGUAGAUGCUGGCGGUUUGCGAAAGGAAUGGUUCCUCCUCCUCGUCAGAGAGGUUUUCAAUCCCGAUCAUGGGAUGUUUCUGUAUGACGAGGACUCGCAGUACUGUUACUUCAACCCGAACGCAUUCGAGACCUCGGAUCAAUUCUUCUUGGUUGGUGUAGUCAUGGGAUUGGCCAUUUACAACUCAACCAUUCUCGAUGUGGCUCUCCCACCAUUUGCCUUCCGCAAGCUCAUUGCGUCUGCCCCUACGCAUGGCACGGGCGCAUCCGCCCAUCCUAGGCCAGCGAUGCGCUAUAACCUCGAAGAUCUGGCCGAAUACCGUCCAAGAUUGGCUCGUGGGUUACGACAACUAUUGGAAUUCGAGGGAGAUGUAGAGGUAACCUUUUGUCUCGACUUUGUCAUUGAAACGGAAAAGUACGGCACCAAUGUCCAAAUUCCCCUCUGCCCUGGGGGUGAGCGCAUACCGGUAACGAAUAGCAAUCGACGAGAGUACGUGGACCUUUACACGAGGUACAUUCUUGAUGUUGCUGUGACGCGACAAUUCGAGCCGUUCAAACGGGGAUUCUACACCGUUUGCGGAGGCAAUGCACUGUCUCUGUUCCGGCCCGAGGAGAUUGAACUCCUUGUACGAGGCUCCGACGAAGAACUCGACAUCACCUCUCUGCGAGGUGUAGCCGAGUAUGAUAACUGGGGUAGCAAGAACCCAGAUGGUUCUGAACCUGUUAUCAGUUGGUUCUGGGAGACAUUCCAGGCCGCUACCCCCGAGGACCAGCGAAAGCUGCUCCUUUUCAUCACUGGCAGCGACCGAAUCCCUGCCAUGGGUACCGCACUCUUGCCUAUCAAGAUCUCCUGCCUUGGGGAUGACACGACCAGGUUUCCUAUGGCUAGAACGUGUUUUAAUUUCUUGUCUCUGUCGCGAUAUGAGUCCAAGGAGAAGCUGGAGAAGAUGCUGUGGACAGCUGUUCACGAGAGCGAAGGGUUUGGACUAAAAUAA